AUAGAGCAGCGGCAGGCCUUCGGAGAGGACCCGCACAGCCUCCUGUAGGUGGCAACAGUGCCACCUGUUUGACCGGUGGGGCUGAGCCAAAGACUGAAAGAGGGAGGAGGCAGACAACUCGGAGAGGAGCUGGGAAGCAGUGCAGUGCAAAGCAGAGCUGUGGCUGAGAAAAGGCCCUCACCAUGGCAGAGUCCCCCGGCUGCUGCUCCGUCUGGGCCCGCUGCCUCCACUGCCUGUAUAGCUGCCACUGGAGGAAAUACCCCAAAGAGAGGAUGCAAACCAGCAAGUGCGACUGUAUCUGGUUUGGCCUGCUCUUCCUCACCUUCCUCCUCUCCCUGGGCUGGCUGUACAUCGGGCUCGUCCUUCUCAAUGACCUGCACAACUUCAAUGAAUUCCUAUUCCACCGCUUGGGACACUGGAUGGACUGGUCCCUGUCAUUCCUGCUGGUCAUCUCUCUACUGGUCACAUAUGCAUCCCUGCUAUUGCUCCUGGCCUUGCUCCUGCAACUCUGUGGACAGCCUCUGCAUCUGCAUGGUCUCCACAAGGUGCUGCUGCUCCUCAUUAUGCUACUUGUGGCCGCUGGCCUCAUGGGACUGGACAUCCAAUGGCAGCAGGAGUGGCGUAGCUUACAUCUGUCACUGCAAGCCACAACCCCAUUCCUUCAUAUUGGAGCAGUGGCUGGAAUCACCCUCCUGGCCUGGCCCGUGGCUGAUACCUUCUUUCGUAUCCACCGAAGAGGUCCCAAGAUUCUGCUACUGCUCCUAUUUUUUGGAGCUGCCCUGGCCAUCUACCUGGCUCCCUUAUGCAUCUCCUCACCCUGCAUCUUGGAACCCAGAGACUUACCCCCCAAGCCUGGGCUGGUGGGACACCGAGGGGCCCCCAUGCUGGCCCCUGAGAAUACCCUGAUGUCCCUGCGGAAGAUGGCAGAAUGUGGAGCUGCUGUGUUUGAGACGGAUGUGAUGGUCAGCUCCGACGGGGUCCCCUUCCUCAUGCAUGAUGAGCACCUGAGCAGGACCACGGAUGUGGCCUCUGUGUUCCCAGCCCGAAUCACUGCCCACAGCAGCGACUUCUCCUGGGCUGAACUGAAGAGACUCAAUGCUGGGGCCUGGUUCCUAGAGAGGCAACCCUUCUGGGGGGCUAAGCGGCUGUCAGGCCCCGAUCGGAAAGAAGCUGAAAAUCAGACAAUACCAGCAUUAGAAGAGCUAUUGAAAGAAGCUGCAGUCCUCAACCUUUCCAUCAUGUUUGACUUGCGCCGCCCCCCACGAAACCACACAUACCAUGACACUUUUGUGAACCAGACAUUGGAUACAGUGCUCAGUGCAAGGGUGCCCCUGGCCAUGGUGACGUUGCCAGGACCCCUCAGGCCCCCUGUUGACCCUCCCCCCGCCUUCCUGCCCUAUACCAUGGUGACGAUUUUGAGGCUGCCCCCUGCCCCAGAACCAUGCCCCAGCUUAUGUACCCCAUUCUGUGGUCAAACCUCUCUGCCCCUGCCCUCCCCUUGGAAUCCCUCCCAUGUCUUCCCCUUCAUCAUGCCCAUCCUCUCCAAACCACAGGUCCUUUGGCUACCAGAUGAAGAUCGGGCUAAUGUCCAACGACAGGCACCCAGAAUGCGCCAGAUUUAUGGACAGCAGGAAGACAACAGAACUGAGAGGCCACAGUUUCUCAACCUCCCCUAUCAAGACCUGCCACUAUUGGAUAUCCAGGCACUGCACCAGGAUAAUGUCUCGGUGAACCUAUUUGUAGUGAACAAACCCUGGCUCUUCUCUCUACUCUGGUGUGCAGGGGUGGAUUCGGUCACCACCAAUGACUGCCAGCUGCUGCAGCAGAUGCAUCACCCCAUCUGGCUUAUUGCCCCUCAAACCUACCUAAUGAUGUGGAUCAUUACCAACUCUGUCUCCACCCUGCUGCUUUUAUGGACCUUCCUCCUCCAAGGGAGAUGCACUAAGAAGAGAGAGAGAACUGGCUUAGAAACAGCAGUGCUGCUGACCAGGAUCAACAACUUCAUGAUGGAGUGAAUGCCCUGCCCUGGCCCCUCACCAGCCGGAGUCUUGGACCUGUAUGCAUUGGCCAACAGCAAGGAAGGGAGAGUGGCUGAGAUGGAUUGUCUUAGGGUGGGGUGGGGUCAGGUAGAGAGCUGGGGUCUAGGGAACUUUGGCAACAGGAGGUUUGGAACCACAAGGGCCCUCCAUGUGCCCAGAUGAUGGCCACUCCCCAAGCUUCCAUGGAAUCUACUCCUCCUGGAGUUUUGACCUGAGGCGGUUGAGAAGACAGUGAGUCAUGAGAAGUUUCUCCCAAAAUUAAACUAGAACAGACGAAGCAAAAGGGAGAGUGCCAAGGUAAUGUUUCAGACCUGUGUGCACGCAUUCUUGUAUAGAAAGCAUAGGGUGAGUCAAGGGUGGGACGACUUAAAACAGUGACUGAAGGAGAUGAUAAAAUGGCCUUUCCUGGAGAAAUGGAAGAUGAUGAAGACACCACUCCAUGUACUGUCUCCUCUCAUCCCUGCAAUUCAGCUGCUUUCCCACCUAGAGGCUGGGGGCUAAAAAGCCCUCUAGUCAUGUAAUUCUGUGCCUACAGGUGGGCUGUUUUGCUGUGCACAGCCUUUUCUUCAAGACAGGUUGGUUCCUGUAUCUUGUCCAUA